AUGAGAAUCAGUUCAACUGCACAUGAAACUAUUCUGCUCUUUUUCUAUAUUGGGAUAUUGUUCAAUAAAUUUUCACCACAGCAAGCAGUUCACAACUCUGGCAUCUUCAACUUACAUAAUAUUUACACUAAAGACAAAUUGACCCACCAUCAACAACAAUUAUUGAAAACACUUCAUCAUAUACCGGGGAUUAGUUUCGAUGUCAAUGGGGAAUUUCCGAUAAUUGAUAACCCUGACUUGUUUCAACAUGAACAAGAUUUUGAAAGUUGGCGGAGACAGAAAUCAAUACACUCCUUACUUCGCCCUAAACGAGAUGUUUUACAAGACUUAGAUGAAAUCCCUUUGAAUGAUCCAUUAAAUUCAUUAUUUUUCAAUCUUCAACAGUUAAUUCUAAGUAUCCAGAACAUGAAUAUUCAUGAAUUAAACCAACCAAAAUGCAUAUUUCUGCAAUUCUCGAAGGGUUCUAUUAUAUCAAAUGCAAUCUUAUCAUUCAAUACAAAAAUCAAUUCAUUGUUUACACCUGAUAUCCUGUCAAAUAUACUUAUAGAAGGAAGCAAACAACUGAUCAAUGCAAUUGCUAAAGAUACGAAGUUCCACUUAGGGUUCAGUUUUCAUGGAAAUUUCUCACUAAAACUUACCAAAAUUGAAGAGGAAAGUACUGUUUCAUCAACAUUUGAACAACCGGUGACUAUGACUACAAGGAUAGCAAAUGAUGCCGAAGAAAUCAGGACAUACAGUGGGAGAGCAAGUGCCGAAAUUCUACGAAGUGAAGAGGAUUCACAAAACUCAACUAUUAACAACGUCGUGACAUAUCCUGUACGUACGAAAGACACUCAGGUUCUAGCGUUAGGUUUCCAACUUGCCAAAGAAGGCGAACCAUUACAAUGGGAUGACAGUUUAGAUGAUGUGAACUCUGAACUCUAUCAAAAUAUGUCUAGGAAUGUUUGUAAUUUGGUCCAAUCAAGUUUAAAUGUUUCAAGUUUGGAAGGUUGGCGUAUAGAAUGUCUAUCAGUAGACUUUAUUCAGGGUUCAGUACUAGCUAACGUUACUUUAUUAUUCGAAAACGACAACAAUUCAACUUACACAUAUGGGACAGUUUCAACGCUAACAGAAAUUGUAGCUGAAGCUAUCAUCAGUUAUGCAAACAACACUAACGGUACAAGUGAAUUCGGUAUUGCUUCAACAAGCAGCAUUAUAGUAGUACUCAUGAAUAUUGACGAACAGACAACAGUUACAGAACCGCAAACGUUUUAUUCUACAGAUGCUUAUGGUGAAACUGAACUUCUUACACAGUCUAAUUUAAGUACAGAUUAUGCUAGUCAACUGACAGCACAAACUGAUCUCUUUGCUAGUUCAGAAGUAGUAUCAUUUUCAUCAUUAACAAAUGAAACAGAUCAGUAUAAUACAUUGAUGACAACUUCACGUGUUAUGCCUCAUGAAAAGAUUCAAAAAUCAUACGAUUCUGUUACGCGUUAUUAUAAUUUUACUCACUAUAAUUAA